GGAUCUGUCUCUUGCUUCAACAGUGUUUGGACGGAACAGACCCAGGGACGCCCCUCCAACCAGCCAACGACCACCCUCCAACCUCUUUUCCGGUCGCAACCUUGGGAGCCAUCUUCUUGGCCACCUGCUGCCUCCGGGACCAGCCAACAGCCAAUUUCGAGCUUACCUUACCACCAAUCAACCAUGAGCUCCCAGAUUCGUCAGAAUUAUUCCACCGAGGUGGAGGCCGCCGUCAACCGCCUGGUCGACAUGCAUCUGCGGGCCUCCUACACCUACCUCUCUCUGGGCUUCUAUUUCGACCGUGACGAUGUGGCUCUGGAAGGCGUGCGCCACUUCUUCCGCGAGGUGGCUGAGGAGAAGCGCGAGGGCGCCGAGCGUCUCCUGAAGAUGCAAAACCAGCGUGGCGGCCGCGCCCUCUUCCAGGACGUCCAGAAGCCGUCCCAAGAUGAGUGGGGGAAAACCCUGGACGCCAUGGAAGCUGCCCUGAUUCUGGAGAAGAGCCUGAACCAGGCUCUGUUUCAUGCCCUGGGUUCUGCCCGCGCAGACCCCCAUCUCUGUGACUCCCUGGAGAACCACGUCCUAGAUGAGGAGGUGAAACUCAUCAAGAAGAUGGGCGACCACCUGACUAACCUCCGCAGGCUGGCCGGCCCCCAGGCUGGACUGGGCGAGUGUCUCUUCGAGAGGCUCACUCUCAAGCACGACUAG